AUGGUAGCUCCCAUCAAAAGAAAGAGAGAUGACGAAUUUCCACUUUCGAGGGAAGAUUCCACAAAGCAACCAUCCGCUUCAUCAUUGAUAAGGAACACUGAAGAAGUGUCUUUUCCAAGAGGUGGUGCUUCUGCUUUGACUCCUUUAGAACUAAAACAAGUUGCUAAUGAAGCUGCCAAUGAUGUUUUAUUUGGUAAUGAAAAUGCCAAAGUUUCUGAACCAUCAACUAGACCAUUAAAGAAGAAGAAAACCACAAAGAAAUCUGCUUCUGAUAACUCAGCAAAUGAAGAUUCAUCAACCGCUACUGAUGAAGCAAAAGUCGGUCUGGUCGAACAUGUCAAUUUUAAGACUUUGAAGAAUGGCUCUUCUCUGUUAGGACAGAUCUCCAGUAUUACUAGACAAGAUUUGUGUGUUACAUUCACAGAUGGUAUUUCUGGUUAUGUCAACUUAACACAUAUUUCAGACAGAUUUACUAUGAUUUUAGAAGAUCUCGAUGAAGAUAUGGAUAGCGAUACUGAAACUGCUGACAAAAAAGAAUCCAAGGAUGGUGAUGCUGAAUACGAAUCAUCUGAUGAUGAAGAUGAAAAGAAUAACAAGUCCAACGAGCUUCCUAAUUUGAGAAAGUACUUUCACAUCGGCCAAUGGUUGAGGUGCUCCGUCAUUAAGAAUACUUCGCUAGAGCCUUCAACUAAAAAAUCUAAAAAGAAGAGAAUAGAGCUAACUAUCGAACCUUCAUUGGUAAACACUUACUCCGAUGAAGAUUUGGUUAAAUCAACCUCUAUUCAAUGUGCUGUCAAAUCUAUUGAAGACCAUGGUGCUAUCUUAGACGUGGGUCUCCCAGAUUUUACAGGAUUCAUCGCUAAGAAAGAUAUCACAGAUUUUGAAAAUUUGUUGCCUGGUGCUGUUUUUUUAGGUAAUAUCACUAAGAAAUCUGACAGAUCAAUUGUUGUAAACACAAAUUUCUCAGACAAAAAGAACAAAAUUACUCAAAUAUCUUCAAUUGAUGCCGUUAUCCCUGGUCAAAUUGUCGACUUACUGUGUGAAGCUAUCACCAAAAACGGUAUUACCGGUAAGGCUUUCGGUUUAGUAUCCGGUGUUGUUAAUUUAUCACACUUAAGAGCGUUUUCCGAAGAAGACUUAAAACAUAAAUUUGCCAUUGGUUCCAGUAUUAGAUGCCGAAUCAUCGCCUGUCUAGAAAACAAAAACGGUGACAGAGUUUUGAUAUUGUCAACUCUUCCACAUAUUUUACGACUAGAAGACUCAUUAAAAUCUGCUGAAGGUCUUGAUGCGUUCCCUAUCGGUUACACAUUUGAAUCAUGUGCCGUUAAAGGUCGUGAUUCUGACUAUCUAUACCUAGCCCUGGAUGACGACAGAUUAGGUAAGGUACACUCUUCCAGAGUUGGUGAAGUUGAAAACCCUGAAAAGUUAAGUGCCAGAGUUCUUGGUUUCAGCCCCGUUGAUGAUAUUUAUCAAUUGUCUACCGAUUCAAAAUACCUAAAGUUGAAGUACCUAAGAACAAAUGAUAUUCCUAUUGGCGAAUUGAUAGCCGGUUGUGAGAUUACUUCCGUUUCUAGUUCAGGUAUUGAAUUAAAAAUUUUUAAUGACCAGUUUAAAGCUACCGUUCCACUAUUGCAUAUCUCGGAUACUAGACUUGUUUAUCCAGAAAGAAAAUUUAAGAUAGGCUCCAAGGUUAAAGGUAGAGUACUAUCAGUCAAUGCAAGAGGUAAUGUGUACAUGACUUUGAAAAAAUCAUUGGUUAACAUUGAGGAUGACGAAUCACCACUAGUUUCCACUUAUGAGAUUGCUAAAGACAUCAAGGCUAAGAAUGAAAAGACUUUAGCAACAGUUCAAGUUUUCAAGCCAAAUGGUUGUAUUCUUUCCUUUUUCGGUGGUUUAUCUGGUUUCUUGCCCAAUUCUGAAAUUUCAGAGGUUUUCGUGAAGAAACCCGAAGAACAUUUAAGGCUUGGUCAAACAGUAGUAGUAAAGCUUCUUGACGUCGAUGCUGAUAGAAGAAGAAUCAUUGCCACAUGCAAAGUUUCAAAUGAACAAGCCGCUCAACAAAAAGAUACCAUUGAGAACAUUGUUCCUGGUAGAACAACUGUUACUGUCAAUGUUAUUGAAAAGACUAAAGAAUCUAUAGUGGUCGAGAUCCCAGAUGUUGGCCUACGUGGUGUUAUUUACGUUGGCCAUCUUUCUGAUGCUAGAAUUGAACAGAAUAGAGCUCAGUUGAAAAAGAUCAGAAUUGGUGCUGAGCUAAAGGGUUUAGUGAUUGAUAAGGAUACAAGAACUCGUGUGUUCAACAUGACUCUAAAAAGUUCUUUAAUCAAAGACGCCAAAAAAGAAACUCUUCCAUUAACUUACAAUGACGUUAAAGACAUAAAGAAAGACGCUCCAAUGCACGCCUACAUUAAGUCCAUUUCUGACAAAGGUUUAUUUGUUGCAUUUAACGGUAAGUUCAUUGGUUUAGUUUUACCAAGUUAUGCCGUUGAUAGUAGGGAUAUCGAUAUUAGUAAGACAUUCUAUGUCAACCAAUCUGUUACUGUGUAUUUGCUAAGAACAGACGACCAAAACCAGAAAUUUUUACUAUCUCUAAAAGCCCCCAAGGUCAAAGAAGAAAAGAAGCAAGUUGAAUCUAAAAUUGAAAAUCCAAUUGAUUCAUCCAUUAAAUGUUGGGAUGACUUGUCCAUCGGUAGUGUUGUUAAAGCGAAAAUCAAAAGUGUCAAAAAAAAUCAAUUGAACGUCAUCUUAGCUGCAAACCUGCACGGUAGAGUUGACAUCGCUGAAGUGUUUGACAAAUAUGAAGAAAUUAAAGAUAAAAAACAGCCUUUGAGUCACUACAAGAAGGAUGAUGUUAUUAAGGUGAAAAUCAUUGGUAACCACGAUGUUAAGAGCCAUAAAUUCUUACCAAUCACUCACAGAAUUUCAAAGGCUAGCAUUUUGGAAUUAUCAAUGAAACCCUCAGAAUUGAAAGUGAAGGAAGUACACACAAAGAAUUUGAAAGAAAUUAGCGUUGGCGAAGAACUGACUGGCUUUGUUAAUAAUUCGUCAGGAAAUCAUCUAUGGUUAACCAUUUCUCCAGUCUUAAAGGCUAGAAUUUCUUUGUUAGACUUGGCAGAAAAUGACAAAGACUUUUCAGAUAAUAUUGAAUCAGUUUUCCCAUUAGGCUCAGCUAUCCAAGUAAAGGUUGCUUCUAUUGAUCAAGAGCAUGGUUUCGUCAAUGUUAUUGGAAAAGCUCAUGUUGAUGUUGAUAUGUCUACAAUAAAGGUUGGCGAUGAAUUACCAGGUCGUAUCUUGAAAAUAGCUGAGAAGUAUGUUUUAUUAGACCUUGGUAAUAAGGUUACUGGUAUUUCUUUUAUCACUGAUGCAUUAAACGACUUUUCUGUAUCACUAAGUGAAACUUUCGAUGACAAAAUUAACAAUGUUAUCCCAACUACUGUUUUGGCUGUUGAUGCAGAGAAUAAGAAAAUUGAAUUAUCUUUACGUACUGCCGCUCCUAAAUCUCGCUCUAUUGGGUCCCAUAAAGACUUGAAACAGGGUGAUAUYGUAGAUGGUAUUAUUAAUAACGUGAAUGACAAGGGUAUUUUUGUUUACUUGAGUAAGAAAGUUGAAGCUUUCGUUCCAGUUAGUAAGCUAUCUGACUCUUACUUGAAGGAGUGGAAGAAAUUUUACAAACCAAUGCAAUACGUUGUAGGCAAAGUAGUCACCUGCGAUGAAGAUUCUCGCAUUUCUCUAACUUUGAGAGAAUCCGAAGUAAACGGUGACUUGAAGAUUUUGAAGAACUAUUCUGAUAUCAAGGCUGGUGAUAUUUUUGAUGGUACUGUAAAGAACGUCACCGAUUUUGGUGUUUUUGUCAAACUGGACAGUACAGUUAAUGCUACCGGUCUGGCACACAUUUCUGAAAUUGCAGACAAAAAACCCGAGGAUCUCUCUGCCCUAUUUGGUGUAGGUGACAGGGUAAAAGCCAUUGUUUUGAAGACAAAUCCAGAGAAAAAACAAAUUUCUUUAAGCUUAAAGGCAUCCCAUUUCUCUAAACAAGCUGAAUCGUCAACCGCUACUGCAAACGAAGCCGAAAAGGAAGAUGAAGAUGAAAUCAUGGCUGACGUAGCCUUCGACGAUUCUGACAACGAAUCUGAUGCAGAGGAUCAUAACAACGACGCUACUGAUAAGGGGGCUAAAAUAUCAUCAGAUGGAUUAUCCUUAAGUGCUGGCUUCGAUUGGACUGCCUCCAUUUUGGACCAAGCACAGGAAGAAGAAGACUCUGAAGAAGAUCUUGAAGACUUUACUGAAAACAAGAAACAUAAGCAUAAGAGAAGAAAGGAGAAGAUCAUACAGGACAAGACCAUUGAUAUCAAUACCAGAGCACCAGAAUCUGUCGCAGAUUUUGAACGUUUAAUCAUCGGUAAUCCAAACUCUUCUGUCAUAUGGAUGAACUACAUGGCUUUCCAAUUGCAAUUAAGUGAAAUCGAAAAAGCACGAGAACUUGCCGAACGUGCGUUGAAGACUAUCAACUUCAGAGAAGAAGCUGAAAAGAUGAAUAUUUGGAUUGCAAUGCUGAAUUUGGAAAACACUUUUGGUACUGAAGAAACUCUAGAAGACGUCUUCAAAAGAGCUUGUCAAUAUAUGGACUCUUAUGCCAUUCAUACAAAAUUGCUUGGCAUUUAUGAAAUGAGUGAGAAGCUAGACAGAGCUGCAGAGUUAUUCAAAGCUACGGCCAAGAAAUUCGGUAGUGAAAAGAUUUCCAUCUGGGUAUCAUGGGGUGACUUCUUGAUAAGUCAUAAUGAAGAGCAAGAGGCCCGUACGAUUUUGGGUAGCGCUUUGAAGGCUCUACCAAAACGUAGUCACAUUGAAGUUGUCCGUAAGUUUGCUCAAUUAGAAUUCGCUAAGGGUGACCCAGAAAGAGGUCGUUCAUUAUUUGAAGGUUUGGUUGCCGAUGCGCCAAAGAGAAUUGAUUUGUGGAAUGUUUACGUGGACCAAGAAGUGAAAGCCAAGGACAAGAAGAAGGUAGAAGAUUUAUUUGAAAGAAUAAUAACCAAAAAGCUAACAAGAAAGCAAGCUAAAUUUUUCUUUAACAAAUGGUUACAAUUUGAAGAAUCGCAAGAUGAUGAGAAGACCGUUGAAUAUGUCAAAGCCAAGGCAACAGAAUAUGUCACUAAUCAUGAAACGUCAAAGGCAGAUGAAUAA